AGAUAAUGUGUUUGUGUUUAUGUUUGUAUUUGCAGUAACUUAACGUUUCAGAUCUCUUUGAAAUAAUGGAUGAUCACUUGUUUCUUUCUCGCCAAUUCUCCAUUCUCUCUCUGUGUAUUAGUUAAAUCAGGUUUAAGAAAGUUGUAUAUGUUGGAAUAAAUUGAUGGAGUGUCUCUUUGGUUUUGCAUCUUCUGUUUCAAGAGAUUUAGUGUGUGGAGCAUUAAAUCAAUUACGUUAUCCUUGUUGCUUUAAAAAUUUCGUCAAAAGGCUUGAAGAAGAAGAGAGCAAUUUGAUUAUAACGAAAGAUAGUGUCCAAAAAUUUGUUACGCACAACAAGAAACAAGCGAGAAAGCCCAGUGAAGUUGUGGACAAGUGGCUGGAAGAUGCUAUCAAUGAUGUACACAAUGUCAAUCAGUUGCUGGAAGAGGCAAGAACACAAAAACAUUGUUGCUUUGGGCACUGCCCAAAUUGGAUUUGGCGAUAUCAUGUUGGAAAAAAGUUAGCAAACAAAACUAUGCACCUCGAAAAGGUCAUUGAAGAGGGCAGAAAAUAUGUGCCAUUUGACCGCAUCGCUACGCUUCCUUCAAACACCCUUCAUAUGCUUUUAGAAAAAGGCAUGAAUUUUGAGAGCAGACAAUAUGCUUAUGAGCAACUACUUGAUGCAGUGAAAAAUAAGGAUGUUUCCAUGAUUGGGUUGUAUGGGAUGGGAGGUUGUGGUAAAACCACAUUAGCAAUGGAGGUUAGGAAAUUAGUAGAAGCAGAGCAUCUUUUUGAAAAAGUUCUUUUUGUACCUGUUUCUAGUACCGUGGAAGUUCGGAGGAUUCAAGAAAAAAUAGCAAGUUCACUGCAAUUUGAAUUUCCAGAAACGGAAGAAAUGCAGAGAGCCCAAAGAUUGUGCUCAAGAUUAACUCAAGAGAAGAAUAUUUUUAUAAUUCUCGAUGAUGUGUGGGAAAACCUUGACUUUGGUCGUAUUGGGAUUCCUUCUUCUGAACACCAUAAAGGAUGCAAGAUUCUCAUUACCAGUAGAUCAGAAGCAGUUUGUACUUUAAUGGACUGUCAAAGAAAGAUUUACUUGCCAAUUUUAACGGAUGAAGAAGCAUGGACUCUUUUCCAAAAUAAAGCACUUAUAACAGAAGCCACCUCUGAUACCUUAAAGGAAAUAGGAAGAUUAAUUUCCAAUCAAUGUAAAGGAUUGCCGGUUGCCAUUGCAGCUGUUGCUUGUAGUUUGAAGGGAAAAACUGAGACGGUAUGGAGGGUUGCAUUGAAUAAAUUGAGACAUUCUAAGCCAAUAAAUAUUGAAAGAGGUUUGACUGAUCCCUACAAGUGCCUGCAGUUGAGCUAUGAUAAUUUAGAUACUAAAGAAGCUAAAUCACUUUUCCUGUUGUGCUCUGUGUUUCCUGAAGAUUUUGAAAUUCAAAUUGAAAUUUUAACAAGAUGUGCAAUAGGAUUAGGUGUAGUUGGAGAAGUUGACUCAUAUGAAGAGGCAAGGAGUGAAGUGAUUGCAGCUAAAAUUAAGCUUGUUAGUUGUUGUUUAUUGUUGGAUGCAGAUCAUGAACGUGUCAAAAUGCAUGACAUAGUUCGUGAUGUGGCCCACAUAAUAGCAAAAGAUGAGAAUAAGAUGAUCAAGUGUGAAGUGGAGAAAGAUGUUAGAGUGGAACAAAAUUCAGUUAGAUAUCUAUGGUGUGUGAAAUUUCCAAAUGAUUUGGAUUGCUCCAAUCUUGAGUUUUUACGCUUACGGACAAAGAUGAAAGAAUUUGAUGGGAUUUUCAAAAGAAUGGGAAUGCUCAAAGUUUUGAUUCUUGAAAACGAUGACGAUAAGGAAAGAACAUUGUCAACAAUAUCUUUCGAAACAUUAACAAAUCUUCGUUAUCUAUUGAUUGAGAAUUAUGAAUUGAGCGACUUCUCAUUUUUUGGCGGUAUGAAGAAUCUUCAAAGUCUCUCGUUAUUUAAUUGUUUACUGCCUUCAUUUCCUGAAUUACAAACCGAUGUUGCGAUUACACUAAAAUUGUUAGACUUAAAUGGUUGUAACAUUAAAGUGAAGAAUUUUGAAGUGAUUAAAAGAAUCCCGCUUUUGGAAGAGUUGUACAUUAUUGAAGGACCGUGGGAUGCUAACAGUGAGGACCAAAUUGAAUUCUUUAAGACGUUUAGCGUUCCCGAAACACUUCAAAGGUAUGUAAUUGUGUUAGGGGCCCGUCAAUUUGACCGUUUUAAUUAUGAAGGUAUUUACAUUCAUGGCAGAACUUUAUUACUUCACCAUUUUGACAUAUCAAAUGAGGUAAUAAAGGGUUUGGCAAAAACAGCAAAGGAUCUAUUUGUUGCAACUAUUCUUGGAGGUGCAAAAAAUAUCAUCCCUGAUAUAUUUCAAAUUGAAGGAGGAGGUUUGGAUGAGUUGAAUAAGUUGGAGAUAAAUCAUUCUGAAGAGUUAGAAUGUUUGAUUGACACUCGUAGUCACUCGAGUGAGGUGGUAACUCUCUUCUCCAAGUUGCAUACGCUUGGAAUUGAGAACAUGAGAAAUCUAAGAGUUCUAUGGAAUUGUUUUCUACCUGCCAAUGGGCCUUUUGAGAACUUAGAGAAGCUGUAUUUAAGUUAUUGUCCAGGACUGACAUCUCUCUUCACGUAUGUUGUUGCUCGAAGUUUUGUAAAAUUGAAAAUAUUAAAAAUAUCAAGUUGUGAUGAACUGAAGUAUAUAUUAGCAGAUGAUGACAAAACGGAGGAAGGUGAAGAUGUACAAAUUUUCCAAAAUCUGCAAGAUGUAAAGAUAAAUAGCUGUCGAGAAUUAAAACAUAUAUUUCCAGCCAACAUUGUUGGAGGCUUAACUCAAUUGAAAGUUGUUGAGAUAGAAAAAUGUGACAAGCUACAUCAAAUAAUUGGAGAUAUUGUUCCAUCAACAGACCGUGAUAAACUAAUAGAGAAAGGAACUGUAUCCAGCCGUACAAGUCUUAAGAUAAAACGUUGUGGGAAGUUAGGCUCAAUUUUUACAACUUCUUUGGAAGAAUUGUACAUACGAGGGUGCAAAACUUUGAAGGAUAUAGUAACUCUAGAAAGGGUCAAUAAAAAUCAGGAGGAAAGCAUUGUUGAGGAUGAGCCUGAUUGUCAGAGUGAUAUUUCAAUCUUCCAAAGUUUGAAGAAGAUACAUAUCAGUGAAUGUGAGUUAUUGGAGGGUAUAUUCCCUGUUUCUUUUGUUGGAGAAUGGAAUGAUAUAACAAAUAAAGAGGAUGCGGAUUUGAAAGACUUCUCUAGUCGAAAUAAUACUCAAAUUGAGCUUCCUGCUUUACAAGUACUUGAACUUCGUCGUAUUCGGGACAGAACCAUUGUUGGUAGUUAUGAUGUGAUAUGUCCAUCUUUAACAACACUAUCAUUGGAUAUUGGGAGAUAUGUUGGGUUUUUCAACAUAAAUUGUUCAAGCGAUGCUUCAGAAGCUACAAAAAGGGAUUCUAUUGCAAUCAAGAUAUCGAACUCAGAUUUUGAUCCGCCGGUUGAAAGUGUUGAAUGUCUUUCAAAACAACCACAUGGUUUGAACUUGAUUAUGACACACAAUAUUAGAGAGAUUGAACUGAAAGGCUUUGAUAAGGCAAAGUACCUUUUUAAACUGUCCAUUGCUUCAUCAUUGACGAUGUUGGAAAUUUUGAGAAUUAAGGAAUGUGGUGGACUUGAGUACAUUAUAGACACUGAUGAUGAAUAUGGCAAAGAGAAUAUGAAAGCUAUCUUUCCUAACUUAAAAGUGCUCUCAGUGUAUGACUGUUUCCAAUUGAAAUAUAUGUUUGGGCAAUAUGACGUAGCUAAUAAGGAUUAUAAGGAGAUUCAUAUCCAAUUCUCAGCAUUGAAAAUGCUCUUUCUUGGGAAUCUACCAAAGUUUGUUAGCAUUUGUUCUACCAACAAUCUCAUUGUGACGUGGCCAUCUUUGAAGGACUUUGAUUGUUUCGAAUGUUUGUGUCCAUUUUAUGGUUCAAGAGAGCCUAUUAUCACAAGUACGAAGAACCAUCUCCCCACUUUGCAAACUCUAAGCAUAUCACAUUCUGAUGCAGAACGUAUUUUUUGUCUUAAUGAACAUGAAAUGAUUGGCCAACAAGUGAGUUUAAGGUUAGAGUACUUGAUGUUAGAAUCUCUACCUCAAAUGACUUAUAUUUGGGUGGGUCCCAACAAUUCGCUUACUCUCCAACAUCUUACCACAUUAGAAAUAAGGAAAUGUGAAAAGUUGGAAGUAAUCUUUCCAAAGUCUGUUGUAAGAUUCUUACCAGAGUUGAAGCUUUUGAAGAUAACGAAAUGCAAAGAAUUAAGAGAAAUAAUUGAAGGGGAUAGAAAUUUGUCUAAUCUUGUUUCUCCUCAACCAUGCUUCCCAAAACUAGAAGCAUUGCAAGUUGAUCAUUGCCAGAAGUUGAAAAGAUUUUUCUCUGGAUCUGCUUCUAAUGACCUUCCGAAUCUUCAUCUUCUGGCCAUAAAUGGAGCCAAUGAACUAGAAGAGCUUGUUGGAUGUAAACAAGGAAAGAUUAAAGUGGAGCUUCCAAGACUCAAACUUUUAAUAUUUACGCAUCUGGAAAACUUCAGUCAAGAGAUUGAAUUGCAUAAUGUAAAGAAUUGCAUUGUCUACAAAUGUCCAAAACUCUCUUUGACUUCAACAACUACAUUUCAGAAGCUCCUUGAAGAUUUUCCUCGCAAAGAUUUCGUAAACACUGAAGUUCGUAGUUGGCAAUUUGAAUUCAUAGUAAAAUCUAUAUACCGCCAUUCAACUAUUAAUGAUAGCAGUGAGUUCACUUCAUCAGAGAAGAUUGAGGACGUAGGAAAUGAGAGCAUUAAAUCUUCAUCCACUGGAGUUGAAGACAUUAGCAUUGGAGGUGCUGUUGCAACUCACAUUGCCAAGGUAGUUGAACAAGAUGAUAAGAUGAAUGAAGGCAAGCCAGGAAUAGUGGCAAGCCAAGGAAUCCAAGUACAAGAAGGGUUGAACCUUUUGCAUAAACAAGAGGGAAUAUAUGUUGCUCCUAACAACAACAAUGACAUUUCUUCAGCUUCUGCAGAUGUCCGUACAAGAUUGGGAGCAUAUAAACAUUUUGUUGAUCUGGAUGAUGCACAGAUUUCUCUUCUCGUGGAGGGAAUAACAACAUAUCCUCAUCUCUGGAAUGCUUCCAAGAAGUUUAGUGAGCGCUUUCAAGCUUGGAGGUUGAAAAUUUUGGCAGAUAUGUUGUUGUUCGUCCAGAAGGAAAGUGUGGAUAGUAUUAUUCCUCAAAGUGAAAAAGAGUUCCAUAAACUAUGUGAAGAAGCUAUUGAAGUUGGAUUUGAGAGUUCAUGGGUAGAGGAAAUUCGUCAACGUGUUGUGGGGAGGGAUCCUAAUCUGGAAGAGGACAUUGCUAAGAGACAAAUAAAUGAGAAUUCUAAGAGUUUGUUACACAGGUAUAGUAGUUGGGACAUGGUACGAGAUUCCCAGGAUACUGAACAAGGUAAUGGGCCUAAGAUUCGCUUGGAAGAAGGUUCUGACUUGGUUGAUAAAGAAAGUGAAAUAGGUGUUGUUUCUACUGACCAUAUUGUGGCUCCGAGAAAUGAAGAAUCAGAGCAGGAAUUUGUUGCAGAAGUUUCCACUUCAGAAAUACCAAGAAUAGCAACAUCAUUAACAAACUCGCAAACAGUUGAGAAGCCAACACCUUCAAAUCCAUUGGUGGACACACAGGACACUAGUGAACCGUGUUUGAUGGAGCAGAAAAAACCACUUGGUGAAAUUCCAAAGAGUAUUGAUCAAGUUGCUGUAGAGGAAAUCAUAGCAAAGAACACCAAUAUGGCAGCUUCAUCAAUUCUUUCCCAAUCCGACACCUCUAAGUUGGAUCCAACAGUUACUUUACAACGUAAAUCACAUUCACAUAGUGAAGUUAAGAGCAGCCAAACUGAGGCACGCAUCGCUAAAGAAAGUGAAGGCCAUCCUAAAAUCAUUCAAGACUUUGGGGCCAAUGAUAUCACGAGUUUAUUUGCACCAGUUGUUGUUGGGAAAAAGGGUGAAGAUAAGCUAGUUGGAAAGACCCUUGCUGAGUUAGAAAAGUAUCUGAAGAUGUCUCUGAAGGAUAUAGUUAGCUCUGAGACUAACAGCCUUCAUCUUUUGUCUGCUCUUAAUUUCCUGUCCAACCUUCCUUUCAAAGAUGUGAAUGUAUCAGAUGGACUCAAACAUAUUAUAGACACUAUGCACCGACACUUCCCAAGCAUUCUAUUCUCCUUUAAGCAAGGCUUUGCCACCACUGACAAGUUGGCAGAACUUGAAGCUCGUGCGAAUGAGGUGACCAUUAAAAAGAAGUUCUAUGAUGAAGUUCAACAGAAGGAAGUAGUUUUGAAGCAACAAAUCAUUAGGUUGAAGGAAGAAAUAAGAGUUUGUGAGGUUGCCUUAUCAUCUCUGGAGGAGGAAAAAAACAAAUGCAUUGCGGAAACUGUAGAAUACAAAACGGAGCUUGAAAAUGCAAGGACAGACGAAUCUCAAAUGUUGGAGGUGGCUCAUAAAUGGUCAGUUCUGUGUAGUGAAUAUGAGCUCAAUCGCAUGGCUGCUACAAAUAUCCCGUGAGGGUUUUCGUUGUUCAUUGUUAUUGUUAAGGUUGCUCUCAUCAACUAGUUUCAAUUUACUUCUUAUAUUUCAAUCGUUUCAUUUUGUUGUAUGUCUGUUAUCUUGCUUUCUGUUGUGUAAGAGGUUGCUCUGACUACAAUGACAAAACAAGUGUUACGAAAAAUCAAAAAGGCUAUUUGUUUUUUUAUGUAAA